AUGCCAUCAGCAACUUGGACCUAUCUGACUUCUAUCCUUCCUACUCCAACCCUCAUAACUCUUAACAAAAUGUUUACGUGCGGCGAAUGCGGCAAUCGUUACUAUUCAAAAUUCGAAUGUGAAGACCACAUGAAUGCGUACAACCACUGGUUUGACUGUGAGACCUGUGAUCGUGUCUUUAUGGACCAGAAUUCGUGCAAUCAGCAUAUGCAAUCCGCGGAUCAUUUCAGCGACCGGUACUGUCGAGAAUGCAAGAAAUACUUCCAAAAUGCACACAACCUCCGCCAGCAUUUGAAUUCAAGGACGCACCGGGGAUCAGAUGUCAAAUGUCCUUUCUGCAACACCGGAUUCGUGACCCAUAGUGGCGCGUCACAUCAUCUGGAGACUGGCUCAUGCCCCGGAGCUCCACGUCUCAAUCGCGAAUCAAUCGCUCGUGUCGUUCAGCGUCUCGACACCGCCGGCGUCAUCGCCAAGAAGCAAAUCGAAUGGCAUGAGCAGAAUGUCGAGUAA